AUUGGCGGCCUGGACGUGGGCUAUAAAUGCGGGCAGGGAGCCGAGCUCUCAUUCCACCGCCAGCACCGCUCCAGUAGCGAUGGCUCCCCUCGUGGCCUUGGUCCUGCUCGGGCUGCUCUCACUGUCUGGCCUGGAUGCGGUCGCGCGUCCCCCGAAGGUUCAGGUUUACUCACGCCACCCAGCGGAAAACGGAAAGCCAAAUUACCUGAACUGCUAUGUAUCUGGGUUCCAUCCGCCCCAGAUUGAAAUUGACUUGCUGAAAAACGGGGAGAAGAUGAAGGUGGAGCAGUCAGACCUGUCUUUCAGCAAGGACUGGUCUUUCUACCUUCUGGUCCACGCUAAUUUCACUCCUAACGCUGUGGAUCAGUAUAGCUGCCGCGUGAAACACGUGACUCUCGAUAAGCCCAAGACAGUUAAGUGGGAUCGAGACCACUAACCGGCAUCACAGAGCUUAUGAAGAUGCUGCAUCUGGGUUGGAUGAAUCCAAGUUCUGAUUUGUUGCUUUUUAAUACUUUAUGCUUUUUAAUAAGCUUUUAUACUUUAUGCACAUAAAUCAGAAAUCGUAUUGAUGUUACCACAAAUGUUGUCUUCUUUGUAAUUCUACCUUGGGUGUAGUCUCCAUGUUUAAACUGUCUGAGCAGGUAGAUGUAGAGGGGGUGCCGGUAGCCUAGAGAUGUGGAGGAAAGAAUUUCAGGGUUAACAUCAAACAUCUUGGUCAUGUAUAAAGUCUUCAGUUUCAAAUGCACAUAAAACUAGAUAAUAAGACAGCAAUCUAACUUUAGAGUAAACCUCCAGUUUGUCCUUUUUCUCAGAAUUUUGGGAAAAUUUUCUAAAGAUAAUGUCAGAAUUAUUGGAAAUAUGUUAUAGAGUUGACGUUUUGUCAUGUAAAAUCAUAUUUACUUCUUACAUCUUUUGAUUGAGACAUAGUUGUGCUUGUUUUUAUUUUGUUUGUCCAACUAAACUGAUGGUAAAACUUGAUUUUUAGUACUUAAAUAUCAUAUGCCUUCUAACACCUUUGUUCAAACAGGGAAAUUGUCUUCAACUAUCACUCGGAGAAGAGUGAAACUCCUCAUGUAUAUGUUGGGUUUGGUUCACAGUUGAAGGUGUAUCAGUGCCUGCAUUUUACAAAUGAAGAACUACAUCUCCAAGAAGUUAAAUGACUUAGGGGACACAGAUGUCUGCUGGGAGGCCUGGCUUCUGUCUUUUCAUAAAAAAAAUUAUUGAAGUA